GGUCUUGAACUUCCGACCUCAGGUGACCCGUCCACCUUGGCCUCCAAAGUGCUUGGAUUACAGGUGUGGGCCACCAUGCCCGGCCAGAAAAUGAAAAAUUUUUAUUGCUAUUUCAGUGACUGGAAAGGAUUUGACAACUGACUAUCCUAGUUAAAGGAACAAGUUCAUUAUCAUUAGAAUAACAUUACUAAAAUAUAAAUUCCCAUUUAAUCCCCAUUCAUUCCCUGAUACUGCAGUUGUUGAAUGCUUUCUGCUUGUCUGGUGCAGUGACUACUAAGUACUGUUUCCCUGGAGACUUAAUAGCCACUGGAGAGACCUAUAAAUAAGUGAUUGAUACAGAAGGAUUUUAUGUGAGCAUCUGGAGCAGGUAUCUAAAUUAGCCUAAAGGGUAGGCAUGACUUCCUAGAUGAAGUAAUGCCUUAGGUCAGAGUUUGGAUUCAGGAUUUGUGGGACAUGCCAGAGUCAGGGAACGUACAGAGGAUGCACGUGAGCUGGCCUUUGAAGUUUGGCUGGAGCCAAAGACAGUAUAGUGGAGAUGAAGCUUAGAGUUACUGGCAGGAACUUACCUGUGUAAGCUAAUUUGAAUGUUUUCCUGAAAACCUAUUAAAAAUUAGAUAACCUAAUGAAUAAUACAAGACCUAGUGAGUAAUUUUUGGCAGGGGAGCAGGAUGGUCACAUUUCAUUUUUAGAAAGUUUACCUUCAUAUCAGGGUUUUCAGCUUGGUAGUGAUGAGACUAGUGAAGAGGUCAUUCAUUGAUGUGUCAGGGAGAGAAAUGAUUAGAACCUGAACUAAGGAAAUGAUAGUAGGAAUGGAGUAGGGAGACUCCUGACAUUUUAAGGACAUCAUGUAAGAUUUGAUGACUGUGUGUUCAGUAGCUAAGUGUAUAUACCAUAUGUAGAUCUGGAAUACAUGGAGCUAAAGCUGUGGUUGUUGAUGUAGAUAUCGGGUUAGAUAGAUAAUUUGAAAGAUCGAAGAGCACCCAGAUAGAGCAAAGUAUUGGAGAAUACUUAUUUAAAUAUUGAGUGGAUAAAAUUGCAGCCUGACAGGAAUGAACAGAAGGAUAGGAAGAAAACCAGGAAUAAAGUGAGAGUGGAAACUGAGGAUUCAAAUCAUAUCCUAAUGACUGUUAAGGAAACAGUCAUCAUUGUCAGAUGCUUUAGAGUGGUCAGAUGUAAUUUUUUUUUUUUUUUUGAAAUAGGGUCUUGCUCUGUUGCAAGGAGUGCAGUGGCAUGAUCAUAGCUCACUGUAGGCUGAACCUCCCAGGCUCAAGAGAUCUUCCCACCUCAACCUCCCAAGUAGCUGGGACUACAGUUUCUGUAGAAAAUGUUUCCUGACUGCAAUGAGGGAAAGCGGAGCACAUUGUCCCCUAUGUCGUGGAAAUGUGACUAGAAGAGAGAGAGCAUGUCCCGAACGGGCUUUAGACCUUGAAAAUAUCAUGAGGAAGUUUUCUGGUAGCUGCAGAUGCUGUGCAAAACAGAUUAAAUUCUAUCGCAUGAGACAUCAUUACAAAUCUUGUAAGAAGUAUCAGGAUGAAUAUGGUGUUUCUUCUAUCAUUCCAAACUUUCAGAUCUCUCAAGAUUCAGUAGGGAACAGUAAUAGGAGUGAAACAUCUACAUCUGAUAACACGGAAACUUACCAAGAGAAUACAAGUUCUUCUGGUCAUCCCACUUUUAAGUGUCCCCUGUGUCAAGAAUCAAAUUUUACCAGGCAGCGUUUACUGGAUCACUGUAACAGUAAUCACCUAUUUCAGAUAAUUCCUGUGACAUGUCCCAUUUGUGUGUCUCUUCCUUGGGGAGAUCCUCGCCAGAUAACUAGAAAUUUUGUUAGUCAUCUAAAUCAAAGACAUCAGUUUGAUUAUGGAGAAUUUGUGAAUCUUCAGCUAGAUGAAGAAACCCAGUAUCAAACUGCUGUUGAAGAAUCUUUUCAAGUAAACAUCUGAAGGCUGAAGACAUCUCUGCAUCUUUGUACCUGCAAGUGCCAUCUUUAAGGGAAAACUAUAUGAAGUCACCGUUUCAGUUGCUUGAUGUGUAUAUUAAUAAAAGUAAUUCAGUCGUUUUAGGUUUUGAUUGAAAAUAAAGGCGAGGCUUCUAAAAACUUCAUCCUCUUGAUAAGUUAAAAAAUGAAAGUUAUGACAUUAGCUUUAAAAGCAUAAAAAAAGAUAUUUCACUAAUGUAACGGUGAAAGAGAAUCCCUGUUGUACUUUAUCUUUUUGGAAUACUAAAUAUUCUUGAAUUUUUCAUUAUGUUGCUUUUGAAAUUUGGUGCAUUCCUCCCAUUUACUUUAUUAUUGUACACAGAUAACACACAGUAGCAAAUUUUGAACAAUGUGAUUGAUAUAAACCUAACAAAUCUGAGCCAGUUAUUAGAGUUGCAGAGUAGAAACUUGAAGUGCUAAAUGGAAUAAUCCAAAGGAAAUUUUUAAAAUGCAGAUUCUAGCUGAAAAAUUCAACUAUAAGAAAAUUGUAUUUAUAUAACAUUUACUAUUUUUUGAAGACUAGUGAGAGUUCUGUAAUAAUUUUAAUUCUUUAAAAAGCGAAAGCUUGUAAAGAUAUUUUGUUUUUGUUAUUAGAAGGAAAUACGAACAGAAAAAUUUAUUUCUCUCAUGGGCAUUUGGUAAUUUCAGUCUUACUUUGACUGAUUUAUAAGUUUGCUAAGCUGAAUAACAGCUCAUUAGCCUCAGAAUUUUCAAUAGCCAGUAUUUCUGAUUAAGUUGAAACUUUUAUUAGAAAUUUUCAGUUGGUGAUACUGUAUUACUGUAUUCUACAAGAUACAAAUGAGAGAUUUGGCUUCAUCUUAGUUUAGAAAUUUAUUCAAAGCUAAAGAUGUUAUAUGUAUGCAUACAUACACAUAUAUGUGUGUAUGCAGUUUGUCAGGUUAUAUAUAGAAUUUCUAUUAAGGAUUUUUUAAAUGGACAAGCAAUAGGGGGUUGAAGUGUUUACCUGAUUUGUUAAAAUUUUGUAUAUCACCAAAUUUUUACAAAAUAACAGUCACAUUGCUAAAUGAUCUAGUUGGCUGCUAUUACACCUUAAAAGUUGAGUUUACACACACACAAUUACCUGUUUAUAUGGUGCUCAUUUGUUAUUCUCAAAUAUAAUGUGUGACUGUGAUGUAGUGAGAAAGAUUCUACCAACCAUUCUGUUUCACUACUUUUUAGUCAAAACUGGGUUUGUUCUUAGUAUUCAUUAAUGAGAAUCAUAUUUUGUAGAAGGCCCAAAUCACAGAAUAAAGGACGAAAAGUAGAUUCACUGACAUUCCAUACUAAUAAUAAAUUGUUUAUGCUCUCUUUAAAAUUACUAAAAGAACAUAAAAGAAUUUCAGAAGUAGUUUGCUGCUAAUAUAUACAUAUUGUAUAAAAAAGGUAUAUUUUGGUUUUGUUAAAACCCUUCUUGACUUUUUUACACUGAACAUUUUUUUAACUUGAUUUAAUAAAAAUGUUAAUUUUGGAAGUGGAGUUUUGUAAAAACCUUUUUCAAUCAAACAGUAAUGACUUUAUUUAUGGAUUAUAAUAACCACAAAAAAAGCCAUAUGUCUUAAUGAACAUAUGCCUUUGUUUUGUCAUUUUAUAGGGUGAUGUUUACUAUGUAUGUGCUUGAGCAUUUUCUCUGCAGUUACAUGGGUGUAAUUUUCAAAACAAGCUCUUUUUAAGACCAUAGUUUUUUCCAGUUUAAAGCAAUAACUUUCAUAGUUUCUUUCACAGUUUAAUACAUCCAAUAUGUUAAGUUAAACCAUUCUGGGAUUUGGGAACUUCUUUAAAGGAAAAUUGUAGUAGAGGUCAUCUUGAUAGAAUUGUAUUUUGAAGUUUUGUGAAUGAGUUAAGUAUCACUGGUAGUCUUGUGUGUCUCACAUAUCAGCUUUUUCAUAAGGAAAAUACUGACUCUAUUUGCUUUUAUCUGGGAAUUUCUCAAUAUGGAAAUGAUUGUUUAAAAUUUCUCCUCCUUUUGUUAGUGAGUUGGGAAUAGGGAUAGACUUUACAGAUUUAAUUUAUGGAAAUUAAAUUUACGGGGAGAAGUUCUUAUUUUUAAUAUUGCUUAUAGCUGAAUCAGGAUUAAAGGAGGGAAACUGUAUUGAUAUUCCAAUACCUUAAUUUCACAGUACCACUUAGGAAAACUAUUUCAACAAAUUACAGUUUAUGUUGUUAAACAGUCUUAUUUGAGAUGUAUUGCUUUAUUUUUCAAUUAAAAGUGGUUUUCUCCUA